GAAGCCGAUGAAUCGAAUCCGAACUUCGAAGCGAGUGUACUGCUGUGAUCCGAUGGGGUUUGUCCCUUUUGGCUUACCAGACCGAAGUUGAUGAGUUGUACAGCUUGAAGGGCUGUGAGACAGCUGAGCCUGCAUACAGCCUCAUGAACUGAUACAACAACCAGCCCUCCUUCUCUCCUUCCUCUCUCCUUCUUUCCAUCCUCUUGACCACACACACACACACAUGGGCAGAAAAACAACCAGCUAUCCCUCAUUAAUCUGACCUCUCCAUCAACAACGCACAGACCCACAACCACAACCAACCCCUUCCCCUCGUUUGCCCACAAGCCAUCAUGCCAUACGACCCAGUCCCACAAUCCGACCGACAACCUCGAUCGAACCAGACUAAUAAUAAUAAUAAUCAUAAUCAUAUCAACGAUCAUAAUAACAGUCGAUUACCAUCACCACCCCAAUUCAACCAACCAAACCAUCUACUACCCCAACAACAACAACAUCAACGACGAUUCUCAACUGGUGCUAGCAACGAAACCUCCUCGAUCGAACCCAGUAGUAACUCCGAGUACUUCGAUAGCGCAGAGGACGACCUCAUCACCCACCACUACCUCAACAGUCACCCCUCACCAACAACACUCCUACCCAACUCAAUCAACAACCAUCCCAGCAGCAGCAGCAGCAACAACAAUCACCACUCACUCCACCGCCAACUCAGCCCAAGCUCUCAAUCUCCUUCCUCAACCCUCUCAUCCUCAUCCCCCACCCUACUCCAAUCCAACUCAACCUCCCCUCACCAGCCCCAGUUCUCAAAGCACUCUGCCUCAAAUCGUCCCAGAGAUAGCUAUGCUAAUACCUACGGCUCUCCCGCCUCAGCUGCCGGCCCUGAUCUAUCCAGCCUCAGCGCAAUCGCCUCAGGUCUCGUCGGUGGUGACUAUGGCCCAUUCCCUCAAGAACUCAGUCACCCUGGAAUCGGUCCCUAUACCUCAUCUAACCCAAGAAGACUGAGUGCUAAUGACCCAAUCGUCGAUUUUGCUCUCCUACCUCCGGGCGCAAGUAAGAUCUUCAGCCCAUUCAACCAUUCAAAUCAUCAUCUCAAGUCUCGUCGUCCACCUUCCGCAGAUGGCUACUCGGGCUCAGUCAGAGACUCAUUGGUCUCAUAUGAUGACAGUGGAGCCGGUCACGUCUAUGGAACCAUGUCCCUACCUCCACCCAUCGGUCUCAACUAUACCGGAACUUUCUCCGAGACGACUGAGGAUCUACUCUGGAAGGAAGAGAACAAAGAACCGGAUGACUUCCUUCAUGACCCUGAUCCCGAUUUCGACUCCCGUGCCGAUCGCAAGUUCAUCCUCUGGUCCCGUCGAGGUUGGAUGAACGUAGCCUCACUCUCCAUCCUCGUCAGCGGUCUCAUCGGCCUCUUCGCACUCUAUCCAAUCCUCACCUACGUCCUCAGGCGUGGUCCAACCGCACUAGGCUGGAACCUCGGUGGGAUCAAUGGCACCGGCCAGUUCCCAGAUAUCCCUAACCUCCCUCGGCUCAUCGACCUCGCCACUCCAGAUGAUGCUAAGCAUCGAACCGGACUCGAUGGUAAGAAGUACAACCUCGUCUUCUCUGACGAAUUCAAUACCGACAACAGAACCUUCUGGCCUGGGGAUGACCCAUUCUGGGAAGCCGUCGAUCUACACUACUGGCAAACUACAAACUUCGAGUGGUAUGAUCCAGAUGCAGUGACCACCAAAGGCGGCAGUCUGGUGAUCCAGAUCGACCAAGAACCUGCACACAAUCUGAGAGCUCGGUCAGGGAUGAUCCAAAGUUGGAAUAAGUUCUGCUUCACCGAAGGCUACAUCGAAGUCAACAUCUCCUUGCCCGGUAGUCCCGGCGUUCAAGGCUUCUGGCCUGGGGCUUGGACGAUGGGUAAUCUGGCUAGGGCCGGAUUUGGUGCGAGUAACGAAGGCAUGUGGCCCUAUUCGUAUGAGGCUUGUGAUGUUGGCACUUUGCCAAAUCAGACGAUGCCCGAUGGCCGAACACCACCAGCUGCAAAGACAUCGGGAUCGCCGGACUAUGGUGGUGCUCUGUCUUGGUUACCGGGUCAAAGAACAUCGGCCUGUACGUGCAAGGGAGAAGAUCAUCCGGGGCCCUCAGUUGAUGUGGGUCGCUCGGGCCCGGAGAUUGAUAUCCUGGAGGCGCAGUACGCCUACGGACCUAACGGGAAUCAGGGCUCGAUGUCCCAGUCGAUCCAGAUCGCACCAAUGGACGAGGGCUAUCAAUGGCUCAACGACUCGAGCUCGAUGCAUGUCACCAAUCUGGCUAACUCGCCCAAGGACCCCAGUGGGACGAUCAUCAACCGUUGGCACGGUUCUAUCUGGCAGGAGUCCCUCUCUGGGAUCACGAUGACCGACGGGACCUCCUAUGAGGGCAAAGGCUUCCAACAGUUUGGCUUCGAAUAUAAUAAGGGUUUCCAGGCCGACGGUGGAAGGGUCAGCUGGACUUAUGGCGGCAAGGAGACUUGGACGAUCUACGCUAAUGCGAUAGCGGGCCAAUCCGGUACUCAAGUCUCACCUAGACCGAUCAGCACCGAACCCAUGUAUGUUAUCCUCAACCUCGGGAUCUCGAACAAGUUUCAGACGGUCGAAUGGGAGAAACUCAACUUCCCAGCCAAGAUGUAUAUCGAUUAUGUCAGAAUCUAUCAACGUGAAGGCCACACUAAUAUCGGAUGUAGUCCUAAAGAUCGGCCGACUGAGGAUUACAUCAAUCGUCAUCUUGGAGCUUAUACCAAUCCAAACUUUACCACUUGGGCACAAGCUGGAUAUACGGUACCCAAAAAUCGCUUGAAAGAUUCUUGUUAAGGAAAAAAAACGAUAAUCACAAACACUUUUGGAUGUCACAUUGGUCUGAAGAGGCAUCUCUAAACAACCGAGAUUGUCUUCUUCUUUGCAUAACUAGUUUCUCUAUGACCUUUUCAUUAGCCUAACAUUUAACUUCACUUUCUCAUUUUGAUCAAUUGCAGACUUUACUCCUUUUUGAUCUCUUUCUCUUGACUCUUUUCUUUUUUUUUUGGGGGGGGGUUCUCUUGUUCAUCUUUGUCUGCCGAUGCACGUCUCUCUAUGUCAUUGCACCUAUCAAAGCGGUUCAUAUAUCAAUCAACAGCAAACGAUGGCGGAAGAAGAACAAAAUAAUCAUAGACACAUGAAAGAAUGAACAACGAAGAACAGAAACAAGAUACGACAGAAUCGGAGAAAUCGAAGAGCGACAACGACUUCCGACUUCUUUUUAUAAUGGACAUCACGUCGGGGGCACAAUCACCGCUUUUUUCACACAAUCAUCUUUCUUUUCUUAUUAAUCACACAUUAUUAACACCCCCCCCCCACACACACACACAAACAAGUCAAUUUUACUUUUUGUUGGCGUUUUCCAUUUUCUCUUUCGCCGUUCUUAUCUUCUAUUCAAUGGUUUAUCAAGACGUAGUGGGUUGGGUUUUUUUUAGGUCACUAGAUAUAUGUCACAUUCAUAUAUUAUAUUUUUCUUAACAUAGAGCUUACAUCUUAUUUCUCUUAGAUUACCCAUCAACACAACCUGAUCUCCUUUAUUACCUUCUUUUUCUUUUCUUCUUUUGAAACCGAUGCUCUGGUUAUUAUUAUUACUUAAUUUUGUUUGUCUUUUUGGUUUUUUUUUUCUGCCUUGAUCAGUUCCACUCACCAUGUUCUUGCUCUGAUCUAUUUCUCUCUCUCUCUCUGUUUAUAUCUUCAACAUCAUAUUACCACCAUCCCAUCCUUAACAAAAAGAAAAUCAAAAUCAAAUAACCUUGUUUGUAUAGUGUCUCUAUUCCUAUCUCUUGCUUUUUUCUUUUCCCUCUCUCUCUCUCUCUCUCUUUACUUCACACAUCAUCCAUCUUUCUCUCUCUCUCUCUCUCUCUCUCAAGAAACCAUGUAAUCAUCAUCAUCAUCAACACAUACACACAUACUUUUACUCAAAACAUCACUGAUUGCUAUCCAUCAAUGAGCAUGAUCUCUAACCUGAGUCUUUUUUUUUCCGCAGUUCUUCUUCUCAUUUCUUUGUGAAUGUAAGAGUGCACACAUCAUGAUGCCCUACAAUCUGUCCUAUUCCAUGCCCGUUGGAAGGCAAAGAUUGUGAUGGAUUUGGGCAGGUUAUAAUGGGU